AAUCCUAACCAUUGCAUCUAAAGCAUGGACCCACAUUUGCACGAAGCUGCAAGACUGGGGAGUGUCCCACUCCUAAAUGCCAUCACCACCGAUUCAGACCAACAAAUACUCUACUCUAUAACUCCCGAAAUAUUGAACAAUGCCCUACACAUCGCAGCGAGAUUGGGACACGCAGAUUUCACUAAAGAGAUCUUGGGCCGAUGUGGGGCCCGUCUUAUGCAAGCUAACUCCACAGGUGACACUCCUUUACACUGCGCCGCAAGGACCGGACGACUCAAUGUAGUUGAAAUCCUAUUGAAUUGGAUUGUGAUGGAAGAAAGAAAUGUGGAGCUACUUCGCAUGACAAACAAAGAAAAGAACACAGCAUUACAUGAAGCGCUGAGGAAUCGGCACGGGAAUGUGGCCGUGAAGUUAUUAGAAUCGGAUUUGAAAUUGGCUUAUUUGGUUAACGAAGCAGGUGAAUCACCAUUGCAUAUGGCUGCCAGAGAGGAGUUGCUACAAGUUGUUGAAAAGAUUUUGGACAUUGAGCCAUCAGAUGAAAAGACAAACAUGGUACGAAUACGAGACUCCCAUGGCCGAACGGCCCUGCACUAUGCAGCAUGCCAAGACAAUUCCACCAUAGUUUCAAAGCUGUUGAGCUUCGACCGUUCCCUCCCUUACAUCUUAGACAACAUUGGCUAUUCAUCUCUUCAUGUCGCAGCUGCUUCUGGCUCCCCAUUGGCUAUCACUGAGCUACUUAAACACUGCCCGGAUGCUAGCGAGCAACUUGAUCCAAGUGGGAAGAAUGUGUUUCACAUUGCUAUUAUGUACAACAACAAUUCCACUGUUCGCCAUUUAUUGUGUAUGGCGGAGCUUGAGGGGAUGUUAAAUGAGCCUGAUACAGAUGGAAAUACCCUUCUUCAUUUUGCUUUCAAGUACCAUAAUGAUCCGAUGUUCCUGUUUUUGUCAAGGGAAAGAAGAGUGGACCCAACGAUUGUUAACAAGGAUGGUCACACCGCCCUCGAUCUUGUAGAAUUGGACCUAGAGUAUGAAGAAUUUCAGGUAUUGCGUCAUGCACAUUUGGUCCACAGUAUCUCACGACCUUUUUCAAAAAGCUACCUCACUAAUGGAUACAAUUAUCAUCCCACUGCCUUCACCCCACAAGCAAAUGGGUUGCUGGAUUGUGUGGGCACCAUCACGAUGUUUAUGUAAAAUUCAUCCCGAUCACUGGGUGCAUUACCCCAUGUUAAACUAAUGGCUGAUAAUCAGUACCAUUUGUGAUUCAGGUGGAUCAUAUUAUUAGAAAUAGUGUAAAAUUAAUGGUACAUGUCCCUCUCUCAACUGUUUUCUUUCA